GUGACAAUGAUUGCCAGCACUAUGUCGCUCCUGCUGCGCUCGCUGCUCCUCUGCCUGACGCUGACGUCCAGCAUUAGCGGCGACCCUUCCCCGUCAUGCAGAUCCCUGAGUGAUUACACCCACCAGCUGUCACAGAGAGAGCUGGAGGGCCGCUGGUAUCUCUUCUACAGCGCUGCACAUGAGUCAGGAUUGGGCACCAUCAUUUCCUCUGUGCUGGACUUUCACGUCACCGAUGAUGAACACGCACAGGUCCGACAAGUUAUAAAGCAUAACCACCUUGUGAGAAUAGAGGCGCAUGAAAUGCAAAUUACCAAAGCGAACAACAGCUACAUUCUGACAGCAAAGGAGGAUGACCAUAAAUUCACAGUUUACCCUAUGAAGGACCAUGUGAUCCUGUAUGAAGAUGAAGAUGGAGUCAGACUGUUCUCUCAAAGCAAUACAACUGCUUAUUCCUCUGAGGACGACUUUAAACACCUCUCUAAAUGCCUGGGGUACAAAGUAAUCAACGUACAUGUGAUCAGUACACCCGAUCCUGAACAUUCCGACCAGGACUGCCAGGGCUAUAAGCCAAUCUCCAAAGCGGCCACACUGAGUGAGUUUGUAGAGAAAAAGGUUAUGUAUCUAAGUGCUUAUACAAGGAAACAAAAUGCCAAGUGGGACCAGACGCUGACGUUUGUUUUAUACAGUUAUGAGCUUGAAGGCAAAAAACUGAAAGGAAAACAUUUAUUUGGCUUUGAUGGGUCAUUACAACAUUACAAUCCAACUGUACAUGUGGAAGAAGAGGAUGGAAAGCUAAUCUUACGAGACUCCAGCACCAACAUAACGAUGAUGGCGUACAACGUGGGUGAUAACUGCGUGGGUAUAACAGUCUCCUCCCAAUCUGUAUCUAAUUACACCAGAUUGCUUGCGAUUUCCUGUGGGCCAGGAGCUGUCUCCGAUGAGGAUAUCCAGGAAUUUGUACAACAUGCCAGAUGUCAGAAAUUCCCUUACACCAUCCUCCGAAAGGAUUCUGCAAAGCUAGCUUUCUCCUGUGGGGACAUCGCUUUUACUGUUGAACAUGUGACUGCAGAAAAGUUGGCUGGUCGCUGGCACAGUGUCGCAUCUGCCUCUAGUUUUAGCGGCCCUAUGGAAUCAGAAGAACAUUGGGUGCAAAUCGAGGUUCAAGAUGGAGAACUCAAAUUCACAGACUCAUUCAGGUUUCCUACACCCAUCCCAGUGACAAUAUCUGGAAAUACUAUGACUUUCCACCCAGAACCGGCAGAUAAAGUGACAGUCACGUUUUACGAAAUGGGCGAGGAUUUCUUAUUGGCAAACAUCGAUGUCAAGUGCUCCUGGGGAAAAUAUAACUCACUCAACCUAUUCUCUAAAUCGGGAAAUGCAGAUGCUAAACAGAUUGAAAGAUUUAAGCAAGCGGCCUCCUGUGUCAGUCUCCCAGUAUUAUAUACUAAGCAAUAAAGGGAAGAAGACACUGGAACCAGAGUCAGAAAAUCAAAUUGUUUGAAAUGAGUGCCUACAUAGAAUAACCCCUGGCAGAAUGUAUGCGUUACCUGUACAGGACAGGUGUAAGAGAUCUGCAUGGAAACUAUGAAAGUUAUAUAAUGACUGAAAUGUCGUCACCAAAGAGAAUUGAAGUAGUAAAAAAAGUUAAACAAAUUUCAUAAUAAAAAUAACAGUAUACAAGUCAGCACAAAGGAAAGCAUUUCCAGAGAUUUCAGUCCAGAAACCCAACACCUCUCUGCUCAGCCUGACAUCUAUACACUUCUAACAAACAAAUCUGAUGCAUACUCAUAUCAUGGAUUCAGUUGGUCUACUAACCAUGUAUUGUAUACUAAUAAUAAAUGCUGAAAUGUGUAUUGUAUAUACUGUCUAUCUAUUCACUUAUACAUAAACAUCAGUGACUCCA